UCUUACUCUUCAACUUCAAGUAGCGAGACAACUGAACCCAAAUUUUUGGGAAAGAAAGAUCAAUGAACAAUAGUAUGAUUUCAAGUGGACUGAACCGCUUCCACUGUAUCCGCUACCCGCGUCUUUCCCUCUUCCAACGUCCCAAACCCCCAAUUUUACUCCCAUGCCGGAACAUCUCUUCUCCACUCUCCAUUCCUUUGUACUCGCAUCUUUUCCACCCGAGCCCCAAGAUUCCCCUCAAAUGUGCAUCGCUCCACUCUUCGGAUUCCCCGCCACCGGACCCACCCGCCACCCAGAUGGAGCGAAAGUCAAUGUCUAUUCUGGAGAUUCUGAAGCAAUCAAAUUCAUAUCUGCCUCAUGUACUCCUUGCUAGUAUACUGCUAGCUAUACUCUACCCACCUUCUUUAACGUGGUUUACCAGCAGAUACUAUGCACCUGCACUAGGUUUUUUGAUGUUUGCAGUUGGGGUUAAUUCAAAUGAAAAUGACUUCCUUGAGGCAUUUAAGAGGCCAGCAGAAAUUACCACUGGUUAUUUUGGCCAGUUUGUUGUGAAGCCUCUUCUUGGAUAUCUGUUUUGCAUGAUUGCAGUAACUGUUUUAGGCCUAUCAACAACAGUAGGAGCGGGAAUAGUAUUGGUGGCUUGUGUUAGUGGUGCCCAGCUCUCAAGUUAUGCUACUUUCCUGACGGAUCCACAAAUGGCACCUUUAAGCAUAGUUAUGACAUCACUGUCCACUGCUUCUGCAGUUUUUGUCACACCACUCCUUUUACUGUUGCUCAUUGGGAAGAGAUUACCCAUCGAUGUAAAAGGAAUGGUGUAUAGCAUUACACAGAUUGUGGUGGUACCUAUUGCAGUUGGCCUGCUUCUAAAUCGAUUCUUUCCUCGUAUUUGCAAUGUUAUUCGACUAUUUUUGCCUCCGCUAUCGGUACUGGUGGCAGCUAUCUGUGCUGGAGCACCACUUGCCCUUCAUGUUGAGACUAUGAAAUCCCCCUUAGGAGUCGCUAUCUUGUUGCUUGUUGUUGCUUUUCAUUUGUCAUCUUUUAUAGCUGGUUAUAUCCUCAGUGGAUUUGUCUUCCGUGAUUCCCUUGAUGUGAAAGCACUGCAACGAACUAUUUCUUUUGAGACAGGAAUCCAAAGUAGCCUGUUUGCCCUGGCUCUUGCUAAUAAAUUCUUUGAAGAUCCAGUAGUGGCUAUUGCUCCUGCAAUUUCUACUUCAAUUAUGUCUUUGAUGGGAUUUGCUCUCGUCCUGAUUUGGACCAGAAGAUGAAAGAGUGAGAUAAAAUCCAGCUCCUGAAAGGUACUGAUAUAGGAAAAUAUACUGCAAAUUGGUUCAUCUUGUAUUGUAGGGAGCAUCCGUACUGCUUCCCAGGAGGGACCGAUGAAAGUCAGAAUGAUAAUAUCACAUUGUUUUAGAUUUUAGGAACAUAAAAAAAGCGAGUUUGUGAUUCAUAAAAUCAAGUUCAUCACCAACUUCUUUGGUGUACUUUUAUUUUUUUGAACGAAACAUGGUGUAAUAAAACCAAGGUGGUGUCUACAGGUACGCCAGAUCCUCAAACAUUAGGUGCCGUUAUAUGUAAUAAAGUUUAAUUGAUGGCCGAGAUUCGUAACUUGGAACUUAGUGAACACUGAACGGGCUUGGUGAAGCUACCUUUCAGAGGCUCAUGAUUGAUGGUAUUUUUGGUUGAAAGGAAAGAAAAGGAUAAUGAUGUU